AUGGCUGAAUCAAUGAACAAUAUUUUAAAAAUUCUUAAUGUUUUAAUACUUUUCAUUUCAAAAUGGUUUGGAUAUUGUGUAGCACAACAAAUACCUUUACCAGACACUUUUGUGAAUCCUUCGUUUCAGGUAGCGCAUUAUUUAUGGGAGGGGAAAAUUACMCAAAUUGUAAAAGAAUUAAACAAAGUUAAAAAACCAUCUUAUAUAUUGGCUACACCUUAUCAUUCUCUAUUUAUUUCGAGUUUUUUAGAUGAUCAGGUUCUAUAUGUGUCUGAUACCAGACAAAGUGGAAGUGUUGUUAGAAUAUUUACAAGUGGUCAUGGACUAGAUGGUCCUUGGGGUAUGGUAUCAGAUGGAACAUUUUUGUAUGUUGCAAGUUUUACGACAGACAGAAUACAUAAAUAUCACUUAGAAUCUGGUAAUUUUGCUGGAGCAUUUGGUAGUGAGGAUGAUUCACUAGACUGUCCAGAAGGAAUGGCAAUUGGACCAAAUAGAACUCUUUUUGUAACAAGUUUCUUGAAUGAUAAGAUAUUGAAGUACUCACUUGACGGAAACUUUCUUGGAGUGGUGGCAGACAAAAGUAAUGGAAUAAAAGGACCAGAAGAUGUCGCUUUGCUUUCAAAUGGGACUCUUUUGGUUUCUAGUCACUACACAAACAGAAUAUUGAAAAUCAACAGUACAACCAAUGAAUUUCUUGGUGAAUUUGCAAAGGUUGAACGCCCUGUUGGUAUAACUGUAGGCUCUGAUAGGAAUGUAUAUGUAACAAGCUAUGUAACGAACAGUAUUUUAAGAUACAGUGGAAAAACAGGAGAACUGAUUGACGUUUAUGCGUCAGGUGGCGGCUUGUCAGGACCAUCCAGUGUUAGCUUUGCAGAUUACCGGACGUUAUACGAAGCUAGUUACGACAGUGACCGAGUAGUCCUGUACAACAGUACCUCAGGCCUAACCUUCACUCUUCCUGGACGCGUCAAGGAAUAUGAUGCAGAAGGAACGUUUAUGCAAGGAUCUCAAAAACACUAAGGCUUUAAUAAACAAUUAUAUACUCAUAGACUAAGAGGAUAUGACUCGAUGGGCGCGCAGAGAUACAGAUUUUAUCAAACUCGAUCAAACCUUUUGAAUAUAACCUAUUUUGACUAGUAUGUAAAAAUUCGAAAGAAACAGAUAUGAGUAUUUCUACAAGGAUUUAUAUUUUCCUUAUCAUUUAACAAUUUAACUCUAACACUUGUUUUCUUAACGAUUUUUAUCUGAUUUAGUCAUUUCACCAUUUUUUCGUAGCUGAUUGAUAGGUAGGCAUCGCGUGAGCACCAGUAACAAAGUACCUAUUAGUUUUGGAUUCUCUCUGUCAAGUGUCUUGCACUGUAUAUUUAUAAAAGAGAAAGAUAUUACACCCGAAAUAUCACCUUAAACCAGAGAGCCUUGAGAAAUACUUACAGUCCUUUCAGAAUCUCCAGUGGCGGAUCCAGCUGGUUGUGAACGGGAUGCACACCCGUCUGACAGAAAUUUAAUACUUUUCCCUGUCUCUCCAUGUGGCCAUUUAUGUGGUAUGAACAACCUCUUCGUUGACCUGCACCCCUCCCUGAAGAAUCCCAUACUCACCCCUUGUCAGCCUUGCGUAACGUUCUGCUAGAACGACGCCUGAGGUCCCGAGCGCGGUUCAAACUCAUAAGAAAGAAUCGGAUAUGGUCUGGGAAUUAGGCUGCUAGAUAUUUAGCAUUUUGACAUUUAUCUUUUAAAAACAACCAUAAAGUGUUUUAACCUUUAUUAGAUGUUUCCCAACAUUACUUCAUAGUAAAACAAUAAAUAAUAAUGCUCUAGUUACGUAAAAUAAAUUAUCUUUUAAAUCUUCGUCUUAAACAAACUCGCUGUCAAACAGGAGCGCAUAGUUCACCCACGUAUCUAGGACGAAACAAUUGUGGACACAAGUUUCUGAAACUUUUGUCGAUUCCAACUAUAUAAUAACAUUUCUAAAUUUGGCAUCGUGAACAGUCCAAACCACGUGUGAUUUGCUGUGAAGGGAAUUAUUUGAAAUAAUUUAUAAGUGAUUCGAUUUCAUAAAUAUGACUGAAUACAACAUUUACAAUUUGCAUCAUUUUUGACACGAUCAUAACAGAGAAACAAAAAUAUCGUUGUACUUGUCACUCUU